GGGCAGGAGGCGCCGGGCAGCGGGCGACAUGUUCCAGGGCCUGGAGAGCGAGGGCAGCCGGUCCGGCUCCAGGGCCAUGAAGCCCCCGGGAGGAGAGGCCAGCAAUCUCUUUGGAAGUCCAGAAGAAGCUGCUCCUUCAAGCAGGCCCAAUAGGAUGGCAUCUAAUAUUUUUGGACCAACUGAAGAGCCUCAGAACAUACCUAAGAGGACCAAUCCCCCAGGGGGGAAAGGAAGUGGUAUCUUUGACGAAUCCACGCCUCUGCAGACGCGACAACGUCUCAACCCACCCGGUGGGAAGACCAGUGAUAUCUUUGGGUCCCCAGUUGCUGCUACGUCGCCUUCAGCACACCCAAACAAACCCAAGGACCACGUGUUCUUGUGCGAAGGAGAAGACCCAAAGUCGGCCCCUAAAGCCGCAGCCAGCACCUCGCCAGGAGAAGAGCUGGGGCAGAAGGGCGGCCCUGGAGACGCAGGCCACACCCAGCAGCCCGUGCCCAUGCCCACAGCUGACAGCCACGAGCCCAGGUUGGGCCCCCGCCCUCGUUCUCACAACAAAGUCCUGAACCCGCCUGGAGGCAAAUCCAGUAUCUCCUUCUACUAA